UAUGACUGCUUCCUUUUAUGGUAAUUGUCUUGUCUGUUCUGGAGAACAGGAGGAAAUUGUUUGUAAGAUUCUUAAGGAUUUAAAAAAUUACUAUUAUGGCAACUGGUCAUAUCGACCUUGCUUGGACGAAUUGGAAAACGCUGAAAUAAUUACAUUUUCGACAUAUUCUUCAGCUAAGAGGUGUAUUGGAGAAUUAGAUUCUAUAGUUGAAAGAAUAGAUAAAGAUAUUAAUAAUUGUAAAGAUCCAAUUGAAUUGGAGGUUAUGGAAUUCUUUAAAUACGGAACGUCGAGGUCAGCCGAUUGUUUUCUUGAAGUAUUCAAAGAAAAACUCUCUCCAACGAUAAGAAAAAUGUACGACGCUAUCUAUUUCGACCGAUUAUCAACUGAAGAAACAAAAUCACUUGCUCGUGGCCGAUCAAGAAGACAGAAGAAAGAUAAAAGUGGUAGAUUAGCCGCAUUAGGAAAGUUUAAGGAACUUAAAGCUGCUGGAAAAAGAAGGUUUUCGGAGGAUGAAGAUAGCGAUCCAGAUAAUGUCUAUGAUUAUGUUGAUGAAGAAACCUAUUCAAACAUUGUUCAAUCUCGUCAAAAUGAUGACUGGAUUGUAGAUGACGAUGGUUGUGGAUAUGUUGAAGAUGGAAGAGAAAUAUUUGACGAAGAUGUGGACGAUACACUAAAUUCAAAAUCUUCGAAAAAGCAAAAAAAUGCUGGCAAUCAGAGUAAGAAUAAGAAAGGAUCUAGUACAAUUACCCCAACACCUAAGGGAACGGGAGAUAUCAAACGCAUGUUUUUAGCAAGUGCUGUAUCGAGUUCUGUGAAAAAACGAAAAAAGAAAGAAGAGACUGUUAAUGAGGACGAUGUCCUGGAAAAUUUAAUGUCGGAAAUCAAACACGACUCUACACCUAAAACACCUACCUCAGUUCUAAGAGAAAAACAGCAAUCUAACCCGUUUAUCAGUAAGCCAAAGAGGCCAAAAAUAGAAAUAAAACAAGAAAAACCUGCUGAAACAAUUCAAAAACAAUGCAUUGAAAUACCAGAUGAUGAUGAUGAUUUUAAUGAAGUAUGUGCUAGUAUGGAACCAAUUGAUGAUGAUAUAAAGCCAAGAAGUCCAAAAAAAGUGAACAAAGAAGAAGUUAUUGAAAAGAAAGUCGAAGUAAAAGCUGAACCAAAAUUGAAUUCGUUGACAUUUUCUUCCGAUAAUAAUAUUGAUCAUUCUAUGUGGAAGAGUUGUUCAGAAGAUACCGAAAAAGAAAUGGAAACUGUAGCUGAUAAUGGUUCGCUUCCCACCUUAACUAACGAAGCUGGUGAAAAUAUAAUAAGAUUAUAUUGGUUUGACGCCUACGAAGACCAAAUGAAACAUCCAGGAUUGAUUUAUCUGUUUGGUAAGAUACAAAAGGAUAACAGAUAUGUCAGUUGCUGUAUUACAGUAAAGAAUAUUGAAAGACAACUAUUCUUAUUACCACGUUCAAAGAAAUACGAUACAAAAACGAAAACAGAACUAGACGAGGACGUUUCUUUUAAUGAUAUUUAUAAAGAAUUUAAUUCAAUAGCCGAUAAAUACAAGAUAAAAGAAUUUAAAUCAAAAAAAACACCGAAAAAGUAUGCAUUUGAAAAAGCAGGAGUUCCAGCAGAAGCUGAAUAUUUUGAAGUUCGAUAUUCAGCUGAUUACCCAAAAUUACCCCAAAAUAUAUCUGGAGAAACGUUCAUUUGUGCUUUUGGAACUAAUACUUCUAGUUUAGAACAGCUUGUUCUAGAUAGAGGAUUAAAAGGACCCUGUUGGCUCGAUAUAUCUCAUUCUGAAACAAGUAGCGUAUCAAUUUCAUGGUGUAAAGUUGAAGCAACUAUCCAGAAACCAGAUUUUAUAAAAAUAUGCUCUGAUUCAAUAUCAUCCCCUCCGUUAAUUGUUUUAACAUUGAAUGUUAGAACUCUUCCGAAUCCGAAAACUCAUCAGAAUGAAGUUCUUGCUGCAUCUUGUUUAAUUCAGAAACAAUUUAGUUUAGAUAAACCACCUCCAAAAGAACACUUUCAAGAGCAUUUUUGCGCUUUUACAAAACCAAAUGAUUGCAUUUUACCGUUCGAUUUUAAGGCUGUAUCGCAAAGGGAUAAAAGAGGUAUUAAUAUUGAGUAUGUUAGCACUGAGAGAGGUCUGUUAAGUUAUCUUCUUGCUCGAAUCUUUAAAAUUGAUCCGGAUGUUAUCGUUGGUCACGACAUCGCUGGAUAUGAUUUAGAUGUUAUAUUAAACCGUACAACAACUUUAAAAGUACCACAUUGGUCUCGUUUAGGUAGAUUGAAAAGAUCGGUACCACCUAAAAUUAUGCAUUUACAUGGGAAAGCCACUGGUGCCGUAGGGAUUUGUAGCGGUCGUUUGCUUUGCGACGUUAUGGUUUCGGCCAAAGAGCUUAUACGUUUAAGAAGCUAUGAUCUUAAUGAACUAACAAAUUCGAUCCUAAAGGAAUCGAGAAUUUCCAUAGAUCCGAAUGAAGUGAAAAAGGCUUUUGAUCAAUCUAUAAGCAUUCUAAAUAUGAUAGAGGUUACUCUAAGAGACUCUAGUUUCAUAUUAAGAAUAAUGUAUGAAUUGAAUAUCUUGCCUUUAGCCUUACAAAUAACAAAUGUGUGCGGAAAUUUAAUGGCACGAACAAUGUUGGGCGGUCGAUCGGAAAGAAACGAAUUCUUGCUUUUGCAUGCUUUUCACGAAAGGCAGUUUAUUGUUCCUGAUAAAUUUUAUGGAAAGAAACAACAAAUUACUAAUCAUCUAUCCGAUGAUGAAGGUGAAAUGCAUCUUGAUACAACUAAACGGAAAGGUCAGCAAGGUCGUCGAAAGCCAGCUUAUACUGGGGGUCUUGUUUUAGAGCCAAAGAAAGGAUUUUAUGACAAAUAUAUUUUAUUAUUGGAUUUUAAUUCACUAUAUCCUUCGAUUAUUCAAGAAUAUAAUAUUUGUUUUACGACAAUUGAAAGAAAUGGUGAAAAGAGUAUUGACGAUGAAGAAUUUAUACCAGACGUCCCGCCAUCCGAUUCUGAGACUGGUAUUCUACCUACCGAAAUACGAAAGCUUGUUCACAGUAGGCGAGAUGUUAAAGCGUUAAUGAAGAAAACUGAUCCUAAUUCGGAUUUAUACGUACAAUAUGAUAUAAGACAAAAGGCUUUAAAAUUAACUGCCAAUUCAAUGUACGGCUGCCUUGGAUUUUCCAAUUCCAGGUUUUACGCUAAACCGUUGGCCUCACUAAUUACAAGUAAAGGCCGAGAGAUUCUUCUGAAAACUAAAGAUUUGGUAACAAAUAUGAAUCUAGAAGUUAUCUAUGGAGAUACUGAUUCAAUUAUGGUUAAUACAAAUUCUAUCGAUUACGAAGACGUAAUGAAAGUUGGACUAAGAGUAAAGAACGAAGUAAAUAAGCACUACAAAUUGCUCGAAAUCGACAUUGACGGACUUUUUAAGUCAAUGCUUUUGCUAAAGAAGAAAAAAUAUGCGGCUUUAGUAGCAACUGUUGGAAAGAAUGGGGAAAUUACCACAAAACAAGAGUUGAAGGGCUUAGAUAUUGUAAGAAGAGAUUGGUGCGAAUUAGCUAAAACUGUUGGAAAUUUCGCUGUAUCUGAGAUACUAUCCGGAAAAUCUAAGGAAGAGAUAGUCGAAAAUAUUCAUACUGAACUCUAUUCUGUAGCAGAAAAAGUUCGAAAUGAUUCAAUUGGAGUAGAGCAGUUUUUCAUUACGAAACAAUUGGCUAAAAAUCCGGAAGAUUACCCAGAUAAGAAGCAUCAGGCACAUGUCCAAGUGGCUUUGAGAAUAAACGCAAAGAGUGGGAAAAAACUUAGGGGUGGUGAUACGGUGUUUUACGUUAUCUGCGAGGAUGGAACAUCUACCUCUCAUAGUGAGAGAGCAUAUCAUCCAGACGAAUUAGCUAAGGAAGAUAAUUUGAAAUUAGAUAAAAAUUACUACUUGGCUCAACAAGUUCACCCAGUUGUUAGUAGGCUUUGUGAUCCAAUCGAGGGAACCGAUGCUGUUAGGAUUGCAGAAUGUCUUGGUCUAGAUGGAAGUAACUUUAAACACAAAUAUAAUCAAGAAAGGUCGACCGAAGACGAAGGCUUUAUAACGCAACUAAGCGAUGCGGAAAGGUUUAAAGAUUGCCAACGUUUCUCUUUCGAAUGUUUUAAAUGUUCUACAGUUAAUUGCCUAGAAAGUUGUUUAUAUGUUUCUGAGAACAGUAAGGAUUCUGACUUGACGUUCGCUCUUGCCCAAUGUCGCAACGAAGAAUGUGGCGAGGCCUUGUACAAAGACUGUUACGUAAAUAUUAUAAAGAAUAAGCUGACAAUAGAGAUGAGGCGUCACAUUAAUAAGUAUUAUACUGGUUGGUUGAAAUGCGAUGAUCCGGUAUGCGAAGCAAGAACAAGAAAUGUUACUUUAAAUAUUGGUAGAGCACCUAUUUGUAACGUUUGUGGCCAUGGAAUACUAAAAGUUGAGUAUAGCGACAAACAACUAUACGAUCAACUUUGUUUCUACCGCCACAUCUUCGACCUGGAAAAGGGUAAACAAGCCCUCAACACCGAGCAAAUGAUGAGAGCGAGCCGACUAAUGCAAGAGCGAGGCGACGCCCAGAGAUCGCUGAACGCCUUACGAGCUCACGUUGACAAGCAGUUGCAGAAGAGCGCCUACGCCGAAGUCGAUUUGUACAAACUCUUUUCUGGUUUGCAUUUAUUGAGCUCUGCCAAACAGUUUACUCGUUAA